CACAUGAACUUGUCUUUCUCUGUUUUUCCUCUUGUAGUAAGGUCUCGAUUUAACUGUAGAAAUUUAGAUUUUUUUAUUUAGGGUUUUUGUGUAAUGUAGAGAGUUAAAAGAAUGGGAUUAUAAUCUUCGAACUGUGUUUGUGGACCCUAUAAAGAGUGAGUGUUGUCAGGUAGAAUUCCAACAAUUUUGGUGGGAUUUAUGAACACGAGAUCUAGAAAGAGGAGAGAUUGAUAGGGGAGUAUAUGGCUUCUAUUCAGAAUUUGGCGCUACUGGUAAUGCUCCUGGCAUUGGUAACUACUGCAGUUGGUGACAUUUCCACUGAGGAAGAUUUUGUGGGUUGCCAAAAUACUGUGAGGAAGUGGGCAGCUUCUUCGGAUGACAAAGUCAAAGAAGACAAACAUACGCUGCAGGACUUGCUUUUCUUUCUUCAUGUUCCUAGGACUGGAGGACGCACCUAUUUCCACUGCUUUUUGAGAAAACUCUAUGCUAGUGCUCAUGAGUGUCCUCGUUCUUAUGACAAACUGCGCUUUGACCCAAGCAAGCCAGAUUGCAGGUUAAUGGUCACUCAUGAUGACUAUAGCAUGAUGUCAAAGCUCCCGAAGGAGAGAACGUCAGUGGUUACAAUACUGCGAAACCCCAUAGAUCGUGUCUUUAGUACUUACGAAUUCUCAGUAGAGGUUGCAGCUAGGUUUCUAGUCCAUCCAAACUUAACUUCUGCAACACAAAUGACAGGACGAAUACGUCCAAAGAACAAUGGUGUGAGUACAUUGGAUAUAUGGCCAUGGAAGUAUUUGGUUCCCUGGAUGAGGGAAGAUCUAUUUAGAAGGAGAGAUGCUAGAAAACAGAGGUUUUAUAAAGAUGUCAAAGGAAGCUAUGAUUCUUACAACAUGGAAGAGACCGUCAUGCCAUUACACGACUUUAUUAACCACCCUGUAGCUCAUGACAUCAUCCACAAUGGAGCCACUUUUCAGGUUGCUGGACUGACAAACAACUCUUGUUUAUCUGAAUCACAUGAAGUGCGUCACUGUGUCAGAAAGUAUCAGACUCUAGGAACUUAUGUGCUGGACAUAGCAAAGAAGAGGCUCAGUGAUAUGCUGUAUGUUGGUCUCACUGAGGAUCAUAAAGAAUCGGCAACAAUGUUCGCGAACGUGGUUGGGACACAGAUUCUGUCCCAGUUUGAAGCAUUAAACUCCAAUAGUGACAAAACUGCUAAUAGCAAAACAGAACUGAGCUCUUCAUUUCCAGAUUCGGAGCAUGAUACUAAUCACCUUCAGAAUAGCACAGAUGACCAAAAAGAAAGUGAAACAUCUUCAUUAGGAGCUGUUGAUACGACAAAUGGAACUAUGACCGUUGGGAAAUUAAUGGAUGCUUACGAAGUGUGCAUUUCUAGUUUAAGAAAAGCCCAAGGACGCCGGCGCAUUGCUUCUCUUAAAAGAAUCUCCCCUGCUAACUUCUCCAAAGACGCACGGCGUCAGGUUCCUGAUGUGAUCCUUCAAGAAAUAAACUCGCUGAACAGACUUGACGUAGAAUUGUAUAAGCAUGCAAAAGAGAUUUUCUCACAAGAGAGGAAACAUCUUGCAGAAAAGUUGGUUGAAGCAGUGGAGCAAAAGAAUGCCUUGGGCAGUUUAUAUGGGACUAGUACAUGGAGGCCAUUUUUAUUAGCCAUUGCCGUGCUUCUCCUCCUUUUGCUCACAUUUUUCAUUGUAAAGGCAAGAAAACAAACAUCAAAACUCAAAGUGUGAUCAAUUUAAAUCUAACAUAGUAUAAAUUAGAUAUGCAAGAGCAUUUAUUUUCAGAA